AUGACAGGAAACAAUACCAAAAGACAAGCUACCAAUGUGCCAUCUGUAAAAGAAGAUAAGAUGUAUUCUAAAUACAAGACUAUUAUCAAAACUGCAUUAAAAUCCCCGAUGACGGCUAUUUCCAGAAAUAUCCUAGAUCGGUAUCCUGAGUACCGCCAGAUACAGCGAGUUAAUAAUUUUAAGGAACUUUAUGAUCCUCGCUUUUCUGUGGUAGAGCUUGACAGACAAUCAGGGCCCUUAACAGCUGGUUCACAACUCACGAUCAGACUAUCUCUUUAUAAUGGCUAUAACCAGCCACUACAUCAAGGAGGUGAUCUAUUUAAUAUUUGGCUUCGAAAUGCGGGAGGAAGCUCGACUGUAGCUGGUCACGUCGUCGAUCAUAUGAACGGAACUUACACAGGUCACGUGAUGGCGUUUUGGGCCGGAAAUGUCACUGUCAAAGUGACCGUUACCAACACGAAAGAGGGAAUCGGUUUAUAUACCAACUACGUACAUGAGCAUGGCUCUUAUAAAUUUAUCAAAGCAACAUUUUCGGAAAACAAGAAAAGUGAAACGACUCUAUGUGCACCAACGCUGUCUUCUUGGUUGAACAAAAAAUACAGAGGAUUAUGUAACCUGACAGAGGAAAAUUACAAUAUUUCUUUAUUCUGUGGGAAGCCGAGGUCCGUUUCGUGUAGAAACUGGGUAAAGUAUGGCUGGGACGAUUCACUGUAUUAUGAUGGAAGUACGGGAAAAAUACUUCGCUACAAGGACGUUCUGUUGAAAGGGAUAAGACUGACGAUUGUUCCAAGUUCUAAUGGUGAUCUCGAUUAUCCAGUACCUAAAAUACCAUGCAUAUAUUUGCCUCCCGCUUUAACAUGGAACAGCACAGUACCAUCUGGUUUCCUCUAUAAAGGAAAGUAUCACAACCUGAUAUGUCAGGCGACAGUAAAUCCAAGUAGGGAGAAAUAUCGAGCGUGUCUAAAAAACAGACAAGUUAUUUCGAUUGGUGAUUCUACAACUAGACAAUGGUUUCUCCGUCUGGCGGCUAUUUUGGGAAUAAAGAAAUCCGCUGGAAUUCCGUCAAAUAUUGCAUGGCAAAAGUUCGCUCGCGCCUAUAACCGUACACUUGGACUAGACACUGAAUGGCAACCGCAUGAACUUCCAUUCCACGGGAGUCCGGGUUCGGACAGAACGACAGUUAAAUCUGUAGCCAACAGGCUGGACAGAAUUCCUGGUAAAAGUGUUGCCAUCGUUAUUGUCCAUUGGUAUGCCCAUAUCGCCAGGUGCUGUGACCACGUAGCUUUUAGGGAGCACGUGCGAAAUGCAAAAGUAGCCAUGACUAGGCUUCUGAAGAGGUCCCCGGAUGUUCAAAUUUUCAUCAAAGGCCCUCACCUCGUGAAAUAUUUCCGUGCGUUAAAGCCAUAUGCCUACAUUGGUAUGUUCGUAGAGCAGGUUCUAUUGGAGGAGCUACAUGAUUUAAUGGACAGAAUCAUCUACCUUGACCAGUGGGACAUGUCGGUAGCUAAGGAAAACGUGAAUAUUCAUCCUGACUCCAAGUUGGACGAGAUAUCAUUAAACAACCUCAUCAAUUUCGCAUGUAAAAUACGUUAG